GAAACAUGUGUGCGUUCGAUUUCUGCUUUCUGAAAAUGUUUUGAUAAAACCAUCAACGAAAGUCAACCAAAAAAAGAAUCUUCAAAAUCAAAUCAAGAUCAAGAUCAAGAUGAUAAUCAGAUUGACAACAAGAACUGUUAAUCAUCUUCAAUCAAUUCAUCGAUCUUCAAAUUUCCUCUCCAGUUAUUGUGGCUGGUGUAUCAAUCGAAUCGAUCAUCAUCAGGUACAACCAUUGUUCGUUCGAAAUUAUAUCGGCCAGUUUCACCAUCAUCGUCAUCAACGUUUACCACAAAAAUUCAAUGGUGGUCACCGGUUGUUGUCCACGAAAUCAUCCGAAAUACCGUCGCCUUCGCCAUCACCAAAUGAUGAUGAUAAUCACCAAAAAUCAUCGAAAUUGAAUAAAAUCUACACCAUACCGAACAUUAUCUGUAUGGCAAGAAUAGCCAUAACACCAUUUAUUGGUUAUCUAAUUGUCCAGGAAAAUUUCGAUCUAGCAUUAACAAUAUGUGCAAUAAGUUCAUUAUCAGAUUUUUUGGAUGGUUGGAUUGCUAGGAAUUUUGAUUCAAUAUCAAAAUUAGGUUCAAUAUUAGAUCCAUUGGCUGAUAAAUUUUUAAUAGCAUCAUUAACACUGACGCUGACCUAUGUUAAUAUGAUACCCAUAUGGUUAACAUUAUUAAUAUUUUUACGUGAUUUUCUUAUUAUAUUGGGUGGUUUUUGGCUCCGUUAUCGUUCAUUACAACCACCAAUAACAUUUGAACGUUUUUUUAAUUUAUCAACAUUUACAUCGGAACGUUUUAGUCCAACAUUCAUUUCAAAAUUGAAUACUGGUUUUCAAUUAACCCUUGUAUCAUUUACAUUAGCAUCACCGGUAUUUUCGGAUUUAUUCCGGUAUCUGGAUUUUCUUCUGCCAUCAUUGCAAUGGAUUACCGGUGUGACAACACUUUGGUCCGGUAUUUUAUAUAUAAAAAGAUUAUUUUAACCCGGAAAAUGUUCAAAUUCUUUUGUUUUGGCUGUUAAUUUGAUUUUUGAUUGUUUUGUUAAUUUUUUCAUUAAUUUCAUU